CGUGCGUGUGGACGUGUGUGUGCGGGACGCAGGCUAAUCUCACCCCUCCCGUGCAUGUAUCUCCCUCUCCAUAGGAAGCACUCAUGACAGGGCGGAUUUAAACCCGGAGGACACCCGGCGAUCCCCGCAGGCCUGAUCGCAGAUAGCGGCUCCCCUCCCUCCCUCCAUUCUGGGCUGGUCGCCAUGGAGAGCUCAUCGGUGGCAUCAGCGUCGUCAGAGGCGGGAAGCACGCGCUCGCAGGAGAUCGAGGAGUUGGAGCGAUUCAUCGACAGUUACGUGCUGGAGUAUCAGGUGCAGGGGUUACUGAGUGACAAAAACGAAACUGGCCAGGAUGUGGACAAAACACCGUCCCACACCUCACGGUGGACAGAAGACUGCUGUGAGAAGAUUGAUGGGAGCUGGACGUCCUCUCGGGGAAGAGGCUCGUCCAAACCAGACGAGUGGGAGCACAGCAGUAAUGGCAGCACAGGUUCCAGACCCAGUUCCGGUUCUCGACCCGGUUCUGGUUCCACAUCAGGCAGCAGAGGAUGUACCAACCAGUUCAGAGCUCCAGCUAAAAAUGGAAACAGAGACGGUUCUUUCGACAUCCUGGGGACGGACAUUUGGGCUGCGAACUUGGACUGCCACAGUGGUGCUACGUGGGACAUGCAGCCGGAGAAACUGGAUUUCUCUCAGUUUCACAGGAGGGCCUAUCGAGGGACCCCGAAACACCUCCCGCACAUCGACCGAGAGGGGAUGAUAAAGGGCAAAUUUGAUGAUGCUGAUGAUGGUAUUGAUCUGGACAACAUGGAAAAAUUCCUGCCCAGCCUGCUGGUCUUUCCUCCCCUGCCUAAUGAAGCUGAGAUCGCACACACUAAAAAGCUGUUUCGUCGACGGAGAAAUAAUCGCCGUUUUCUCUCCUCUACUUGUAAAUCAUCCCUCCUCUUUUUCAUGCAUCCGUCCCUUGUUCACCCUCCAUCUCCCUGUCACACUCAUAGCCGAAUCGAAUUGCCCCAGGACCAACUGACAGUGCUACUGCCCGCCGAGGGAAAGCGGCAAGUGUCCAGAUCACAAAAGCAUCCGCCUGGAGGAGGAGGAGCUGGUGGGAAAUCCCAGAAUCCACAGCAGGGACCGCAGCAGCAACAGCCGACCAAUCUGACGCAACUCCCCAAUGCAGAGCAUCAAUCAGGUGUUGGGACUAAGCACGGAGGGCGAGGUUACCAGGGGCAGCAGAGCCAGGGCUGCCGGCAGGGCGGUCCGCAUCACGGCUACAGUCAGAACCGCCGUUGGCAUCAACAACAGAAACACCAGACGAACUGUUCCGCUCAAGGGGCCGACAGGGGCCCCGCACGCAAUACCAAAGAGACAGAGAAUGUAAAACUGGAGGAGCCCGAACCGCAGACAGAAAGAGGAGUGAAGGAUGAGCCAGUGAAAGAGGAGAAAAAGAAUGAAGAGAAGGAGGAGAAGACAGAGGGAGGGAAGAUUUGCUUACUGCAGUCAUCAAAAGAGAGACUGAGGAGGAGACUCAAAGAGAAGGAGGAUGUUCCCGUGGCGACAGCCGGACCUCAGCGGAACCGAAUGGACAGAUUAUUAGAAAUCUUGAACAGCAUGAGGAAUAACAGCAGCGGUGUAGAGACGCAGCUCACCACCUUCAUGGAGGAGGCGCAGAACUCCGCAGACUCUGAGAAGACGCUCAGUGAGAUCGUACACACAAUUUAUCGUAAAGCAGUCAGCAACCGAAGCUUUGCAGCCACCGCUGCCAAACUCUGUGACAAGAUGGCGCUGUUCAUGGUGGAAGGCACCAAAUUCCGUUCUCUCUUACUCAACAUGUUACAGAGGGAUUUCACGCGUCGUGAGGAGCUACAGCAGACAGAUGUGGAGUGCUGGUUGGGUUUCAUCACGUUUCUCUGUGAGGUCUUUGGCACCAUGAGGAGCAGCGCUGGAGAGCCCUUCAGAGUGCUCGUGUGCCCCAUAUACUCCUGCUUAAGAGAGCUCCUGGAGUCCCCUGAGGUGAAGGAGGACGCUGUUCUCUGCUGUUCUAUGGAGCUCCAGAGUACCGGCCGUCUCUUGGAGGAGCAGCUUCCUGAGAUGAUGACGGAGCUUCUGGCUGCCGUUCGGGAUAAGAUGUUGUGUCCGUCCGAGUCCCAGCUGACUCGUUCGCUGCUGAUGGAGGUCAUCGAGCUCCACGCACACCACUGGAGCCCCCUCGAGGCGCUGACCACUGCUUACUACAACAGAACCAUCCAGAAACUUACCGCAUGAUGCUUCCGCAACGCAACAAAAACCACUGGAGGUCCUGACCCCUGCGUACCACAACACAACCAUCUAGAAACUCCUCGAGAGACACAGUUAAACAAACAAACCGCUAGGAGCCGAAAACGCAGUAUGACAACACAACCAUCCAAAACGUCAUUAAGACGUGCACAAACACACUAAAGGCCAUAAAUACUACUGCAACAACAAAAUAACAACACACACACAUCUGUGCUAUUAUAAGAUGAGAGAACCAUGGAUGGAUGGAUCGGGGGUGUGGAUGAGAGGGGCAUUAUGGGAUGGGGGUAGACCCUGGGGUCAAAGGUCAGAGGGUGAAAUAUGCAGAUUGAAAUGAAUAUGUAUAUGCUUUCACAUCACACCUGCAUAUUCAUGAGCUAACCCAGACACACAGACGCAAAACCAGACAGUCAUUACACACAAACACGCGUGCGCAGACAGUCAGUGUCUGUCUUAUUAAGGUGCGUCUGUACUCCAGACAAGCAUCAGCAAAUUGUCAUUUAUGGGUGCAUCUCCCGAAAACAUGUCUGGUUCAUAUUUCACCCCAAAAAAUUAAAGAAAAAAUUGAAUAUAAAAAAUGUUUUGUAUAAAUGUUUUUACAUUGUGACAUUAUUUUCAUGAUAAUUAAGCACAUUUUUGCACCAAAUUCCCAAUACUGUUAUACAUUUGGACAUUUUUGUAAUUUGUAUUAUUAUUAUUGGUGAAGUCUUUAAGUGAAAAAUACUUAAACAAUAUUUUUUAACUAUUCAGUCAGCAUAAAUACAAUACACCAAACACAUCCAUGAUAUAUAAAUAAUAUAUGUAAUCAUAUUAAUUGUAUUAUAUAUAUAUAUAUAUAUAUUUAGCUUUUUUUCAUUAUAUUAUUACUGUUAUGAGAAUUAGGGGUGAAAAUGUCUUUUAUGCCAUGAAAUAGUGCAAUGUCACAGUGCAAAAAUUCUUUAUUGUCUUAAAACAGGUUACAUUUUCUUUAUGCAAAAUAUAAUUUCUUCUUUCUUUUGGUUUUGGGGUGCAAUGUGACCCAGACAGGUUCAGGACAGAUGUUGUGAGAUUCACUCUAACAGAGAUUAAUUUUAGACCACAGACAGUAUACAAACAUUCAUGUGUGUGUGUGCACAGUGUAGAGGAGAUCUUCUAUUUCUUCAUGAGACUUGAGCUCCAUCCAUCCACCCACCCCCUCCUGCCCCCCGGGUGUCAGGAGCGCGCCGUCGCCCGUCAGGGGUGUGCAGCUGUGGUCACGCUGAUUCUUCAGGAGCAAGACUUUCUAUUGUCAUACACACACACACACACACACACACACACACACACACGGCAGAUGGCUGCUUGCACACCCACACACCUUUCACUUUAGUGCGUGCUUGCGUGUGCUUGCGUGUGCGUGUGUGUGCGUGUGUGUGCGUGCGUGCGUGUGUGUCCGUGCAUGUGUGUGUGUGUGAGAAGUGAUCAGUUUCUCUUCAUAAACGUCAGUCAGAUCUCUCGAGUUUCCUGAUCCGUCACAGAGCAUGGCCACUACUGGUCCCUCGUCCUUGUUUAUAAUGUAUUAUAGUGUCCUUAAUAUUAUGCAUUAUUGUUGUUAUUAUUAUUAUUCUUUCUUUUUCUCUUGAAGUCGCAUUUUUUACAAUGAACGUAUAAAUGUACAUGUAAUAGGCCUCAUUAAGCACGACCAGAAUGGAACUUUUUUGUAAAUUGACACGUUCAAUUCAGUGCAACAGUUUACGCAAGAAUGGUUUUACGAACAAUUUGCGAAGAAAUUCUUUCUGUUUGUAUUUCAUGAACGAGCACAACUCAUUUCGAUGUUAAAGGUGGAGUAAGUCAUUUGAAUCCAAUACACUUUUUGUCAAAUUCCACGAGUAUCUCUUCACGGUCCGCUAGCUGUCCGUUCUGUGUGUGCGCUGAAAAAAAAAUCCAGUGUUUGUACACAGCCCUGGCUCUAUAAAUGGGAAAAUAAACAAAGUGGAUUAGACCAAUCCACACAACACUAUUGCGUGUGCAUGAAUUUGGGGGCGGAGCUUCUAAAGGAGCACUGAAGGAAGGGGUGUGUUUGUUUGGCUGUUGAGUUCAAAUAUCAAGAGUCUUUCUCAGGAAUCACUUACUCCACCUUUAACAGUUUGUAAAAACAUUCUUUCAUAAAUCAGCACGUUCAAUGCAACAAUUUAUGCAGCAAUGGUUUUCCAAACGAUUUGCACUUAAAUUCAUUCUUGUGUUUCGUGAACAAGCAAAACUAAAAUUUCGGUGUUAAUAGUUCAUAAAACUAUUAUUGCAUAAAUUUUAAUAUUGAAUUGAAUGCAGAAAUUUGCAUAUGUUAUACAAACAGUUCGCAUUGAAAUUUGUUCUGUUCCUGUUUUAUACAUAAGCGAAACACAUUUUAUGCUAAAUUGUUCGUAAAACCAUUUUUGUUCGUAAAUUGUUCUGCUCAUUCAUGGAAUACAAGCAGAAUUGAUUUCUGUGCAAAUCGUUUAUAAAACUGUUCUUGUGUAAAUUGUUGCGAUGAAUGCACCAAUUUACACAAGAACAGUUUUGUAAACGAUUUGCACAGAAAUCAAUUCUGCUUGUAUUUCAUGAAUGAGCAUAACAAAUUACGGCGUUAAUAUUUUGUUAAACUUGCCACGUAAAAAAUUGGCACAUCAAUGCGACAAUUUACGCAUUAAAAAAAAAUGAAAUAAAACAAUGUUUUAACAAUUUGCACAAAGAGCUAAUUUUGGUGUGCAUCGUUCAUAAAACCAUUAUUGCAAAAAUUGUUGCGUUGAACUGAAUGCAGCAAUUCACAUAACGUGUUAUGAACAAUUCACACAGAAUUAAUUUUGGUGUAAACAUUUUGUAAAACCAUUAUUGCGUAAAUUGUCAAUGCAACAAUUUACGUAAAAUCUGUUUACAAACAGUUUGCUUGGAAAUGUGUUCCGCUCAUGUUUCAAAAUUUGUUGUCAAUUGUUCGUAUAACCAGUCUUGGGUAAAUCAGCACAUUCAAUAUGAUAAUUUAAGGAAGAAUGAUUUUAUGAACGCUUCAUAUUGAAAUUCGUUCUGCUUGUGUUUUUAGCCGUAGAUCUGUUGCACAGGAUUAAUUUCGUUUUGCACUCUUAAGGCGAUUGCUUUAAAAAUCAACAAAAAAAUAAUAAUAGAAAAUGACAAGCUUGUAUGUAAAAAGUGAUGUGAGUUGUGGAGGAUUAGUCAAACACUUUUUGCUAGAAUUAAAUGUAGAAUCAGGUUUUAAACAAGUUUUGGGAAAAAAUAGUGGCCUUUGAAACCCCUGUGAGUUUUACGAUGUUUUAGUUUGAAAGCUGACGAUUGAAAGGCCUGUGCAGAAAAGACGAUUUUUUUUAUUUGCCCUGCAACAUUCAGCUUCCUAAAUAGAAUAUGUGAGAUAUCGAAGAAAAAAAAAUAUGCAUGAAAUUAAAAUGAAAUUACACAUCAGUGGCUACCAGGAACAUAGGCCAUUUUGCCAUGGUCAUUUUUGCAAGUUCUGUUUUAAAAAAUAUUUACUUUGAACAAAUUCGUUUUGCUGAGGUUGGUGGUGAAAUCUUUUAAUGAUAUAUAGCUAAUAAGUGUCAAUUUCUCUGGCUUUAACAACAGUGUGCAUUAUAAUAUUGAUUUAACACAAGCCAGUCAUCUAGAUAUAAAUAAGCUACAUAUAAUCUCGUAAAUGUAGUCUGUGGCCUCCAGCUUUAGCUAUUUAGGGGAGGAAACCCACACAUGCAGAACCUCUGAUCUUUGCUGGCAGGUUUGGGGUUGCAUGUUUUCUGUCUUGCAUCAAGAAUCCAAGUGAAAAGACAAAUGCACACUUUAACUGUGAAUCUUUCGAAAACAAGUCAGGGUCCUGUUUCACCCCAAAAUCAACAAGAAAUCGUAUUUUACAUUAAUGAAGACUAUCAAAAGUCUGUUUGUACCAUCAAGAUUUUUUUUUUUUUUUGCAUUUUCAUGACAAUUACUUUAAUACAAAGAUUUUUUAUUUAUUUUUAUUUAUUAAAAUCAGCAUAAAGGUAGUGCAAAAUGUUUUUUUUUUUUUUUUUUUUUCGAAUUACAGUAAUGAGAAUUUGGGUGGAAAAUGUCAUGAAAUUAAUGUCACAAAGCAACGAUUUGUAAUGGUACAAAAAUAUAUAUUUUAUAUCUGCAAUUUAAAAUAAUUUACUUUCAUUUAGAUUUUGGGGUUGAAAUAAAACUUGUAAAGUUUCAAGAGAUUCACCCUUAAAGAGUGAUUUCAUACACCUUUAUUUAGUUCACGGAUAGACAACUUUGGUGUAGUGCAUUCCAAAAUCAUCUCCGUGAGUGUGUGUUUGUCUUUGCAACAUGAUUUAAUGUUUGUUUUUGUAUUUUAUUUGAGUUUUAAUUGAUUUGCUCCUUGUUGUACCUCUCCGCUUCGGUUUGCUAUCAUGUAUUUUUAGGGUUUGCAUUUGAUGUUUUCCGAGACGGCAUCUCAUUUUUAAACUCCGCACCAUUCAAACAGGAGGCACUUUGUGCCCUUUGAUCCUUUUAGUGUUGCUACCCACUAGAAUAUUGAACGCAGAUCAUCUUAAUUUGCAUCUUAUGGACAUGCAAAGCAGAUGUGGCACCCUGUCAGCUGGCUGAACUGUAGAUUUGGGCUUAUUAAAGGAUGUCAUCUGAAUAUUUUAAUGCACCUGAAAAUAAACUGAGAAGGGGUGAAAAA